AAAUCUGAUGUUAAAACUUAUAAUGUUGUGAGGAUAGUGGAUGGAGUCUUAAAACAACAUGAUGAAAUUGAAGCAAAUAUUCUUGAAGAGAGGGCAGCUCUUGAAACGAAGUAUCAAAAGUUGUAUCAACCUUUCUACACCAAGCGAUAUGAGAUUGUGACCGGUGCGGUUGAAGUCGACGGUGCACCAGAAGAAGUAAAAAUAGAACAAGGAGAAAAUAAAGCUGUUGAAGAGAAAGGAGUGCCAGAUUUCUGGCUUAUUGCAUUGAAGAACAAUGAAAUUACAGCUGAGGAGAUAACUGAGCGAGAUGAAGGUGCUCUCAAGUAUCUUAAAGAUAUCAAGUGGAACAGAGUUGAAGAACCAAAAGGGUUCAAGCUUGAGUUUUUCAUUGAUGAAAACCCUUACUUCAAGAAUACUGUCUUGACCAAGACAUAUCACAUGAUUGAUGAGGAUGAGCCUAUCCUCAAGAAGGCCAUUGGGAUUGAAUGGUAUCCUGGAAAUUGUUUGACUCAGAAGAUCCUAAAAAAGAAGGGAUCCAAAAACAUAAAUCCUAUCAUGGUAUCACCAAGAUUGAGGACUGUGAGAGUUUCUUCAAAUUUUUCAGUCCACCUCAAGUUCCUGAGGACGAAAAUGAUUUUGAUAAACAUGGCUGAUGGACAAUGAAAAGUUUAGGAGCAAGCGUCAGGCAAAGAACAAGGAAGUUAAAGAAGGUUGAAAGUCCAUCAAGACUGGUUAUGGGGAAACGCUUAGAACCAGCAGAAGAUACUUAUAAUUUGAUUGCUUAUGAGUUCUGCUUAACAGAUGCCUAGAUCAGUUGUGAUAAAAACACAUGACUGAAAGUUGAGUAUUUGAAAAGAACCAGUGAUUUGGAGGGUGAGGUUGCAGAUGAAGGUAUAGAGGAGGAAAAAGAUGAUAAUAAAAAAAUUAUGAAAGCAAAUAUAGUGAGACAUGGAAGAUACGAAGAAAGGAUCAAAGAUGGGGUUGAGUUUCAAAGAACGGGAUCAGAUGUAGAUUGAGAAACAAAAAGGUGGUAAACUUACAUUGUAGAUUUUGCCUCCAAAAUUUACACUGCGUGAUAGACAAACUAACACUUUAGCCUGUUAUUUGUUCUUCUGCUGCUUUCGUAGUCGUUUUGGAUAUUGAUGUUUUGGACAUUCGUUGACUGCUCAAUCUAAGCUUUACUGUAAAAUAAGUACGCUUCCUGUUUCGGUUAAUUAUGUGGCAUUGGAUGUGAUUAGAAGGUUUAAUGGAUA